UACUUCAAAACAAUGAAGGAUAUUAUGCUUCAGCUUAAUUAGUGUUAUAAUCUUAACAAAACAUGCAUAUCAUUAUCAAUUUAACUGGGGGAGGCUGCGGUUUAGCAUUCAAUGAAUACCUAUAUAUAGAAUGCUUUUCGGAUGCACAGACAUUCCUUCAAAAAGUGAUUACUGCGAAGGACUGAUAUAAAUAAGCGAUUUCCAGUAGAAGCGGAUAAAUCUUACGACUAGACACCUUGUGAAAUACAACAAAAAGGGUAAACACAAUGCCAAAACGACGACACAGUGGAGCAUUAUGUGAAAAUGAAAGGAGGACGGCGGAUGAAUACACAGUUUGCCUGGAAGCAGCCGACAAACCUUUAGGCGCAUGUAGAGGUGUAGUUAGUAUAAAAUUAAGAGGCAACGGCAAAGAGGGCUACGAAGAACAAUUAGCCGUGGCUAGUUUUCCUGACAACUUUGAAAGGGGUUUCAAGAACAUUUUCAACAUUGUUGAACCAAAGCUUGACGUUAUUGAUGAACUCGAGAUCCGAGGUGAUUCCAUGAUUGGUGCGAGGGGUUGGAAACUUGAUAGACUCACGGUAACCAACAAGGACACUGGAGCCCAAUCAGUUUUUCCUGUAUUCACAAACAUAAAAAGUGACCAAACCUACAAAUUCAAUUUAAACGACGUAUCACUUCCACAGCAGAGUUCAAAUAAAAAGGAAAGAGAACGUGAACUCAAUGAAAUGCGGAAGCUUUAUGAACUGACAGAGAAAAGAUUGCCAGGCUGUCCCCCACUUGUAAAACAGCUACCACCAAAUGAAGACUUCUCGUGUGCAUACAAAUUUGAAAUAGGUGGGAAAUUAGCAAAAUUAAAGCUAGAAGAAAAAUGGGAUGAGCUUAUAUCAGGAGAAUUUGAAUCCAUGGAAGAUAUAAAGGACGUAUUUGGGGUUUUCUUCCCAAAACCUUCAAACUUACAAAGGUGGCGGAAUGAUAAAUUAUUUGGAAUGCAGCGUCUGAUGGGUGUAAAUCCUGACGUUAUUCACCUCUGCACGAAGAUUCCCUCAAAACUUCCCGUCAACAAUGAAAUGCUGAGGCCUUUCCUAGAAAUGAAUUUGGAGGAUGCCUUAACAAAGAAACGUAUCUUCAUUGUAGAUCAUGAGAUAAUGGAUGGUUUACCAACAAAGUCGGGCUUUACCAUGACCAGCCCCAUUGCACUUUUUUAUCAACAAAAUGAUGGUACUCUUAUACCGAUCGCUAUCCAACUAUUUCAGAAGCCAGGUGUCGAUAACCCUGUGUUUCUACCGAGUGAUCCUGAAUAUACAUGGAUUCUAGCUAAAAUGUGGUUCAACGUCGCAGAUGCCAACUAUCACGAAUCUGUAACACAUCUUGGAUUUACUCAUCUAAAGAUGGAGGGAAUCGUUGCGAUAACACACAGGCAAAUUCACAAAACACAUCCGAUCUAUAAGCUACUGAUGCCCCAUUUCCUUUACCUAAUUGCUAUCAACUGGACAGGGAUUCCAGAACUUAUUGGUGACGGAGGAUAUGUUGUAAAACUGCUUAACAUUGGUAGAGAGGGGUUAUUGGAACUUAUCAGGCGAAAAAACAAAAACUGGCGAAUGGACAUUGAAGGUACACUUCCAAAUGACACGAAAGAACGCGGCUUGGAUGACACUUCUUGUUUGCCUGAUUAUUAUUAUCGAGACGAUGCGAUGGAGAUAUACAAUGCGAUUUUUGAAUACGUAAAAAAGUAUUUAGAUCUUUACUACCCUACAGAUAAGGACGUUAUGACAGAUCAGGAACUGCAGCAAUGGAGGAAGGAAAUGGUUGCUCCUGUUGAUCAAAAAGGCCUUGGUAUGCUCGGUGUGUUUGGAAAUAAAGGUAAAUUUACUGAAAAGAGCCAGGUUUGCCUAACAUUAACGAGUAUCAUUUUUACUUGCAGUGUUAAACAUGCAGCUGUCAACUUCCGCCAGUAUGAAGAAUAUGCAUUCCCACCGAACUAUCCGCUGACUCUACGAGGGCUUCCACCCAAAACCAAAGAAAACCUCAAACAGGAGGACCUUCUCAAAUACCUUCCAAAGAAAGACAGAACAUUUGACACAUUAGUCAUAACAGAUGUCUUGAGUACCUUCAUUACGCAUGCGCUUGGGGACUUCGAAGCUCAGUACAUCACCGAUGAAAAAGCGCUAAGAAUUCUUGCUGAAUUCCGAAACGACCUCGCAAACAUUGCAUAUCUCAACAAGAAGAGAAACAAUACGGAAAGGAAAAUUGAAAAAUACUGGGCUUUAAACCCAACGCGUGUCCCGAACUCUAUAGCAAUAUAAUUGCAUGGCUUACUGACUGUCAAACUUCAUUAUAAAGCUUAUUAAUCAGAACAUUUUUGUCAUGUAAAAUAUUACACUACUGAUGAAAGUAUCCUAUUAAAAACACGUGAACAAAACCCAAAACGUCUUUGUAUAUUGGAAUACAUAAAUUUGACAAACCCGACCUUCACAUGUACAUAAGUAAUGCCUUUAUGGAUCGUGUCUUUUGAUAUAUUUUGCACAUAGGUUGAUGUGUGGUUAUAAUGUAUUAUAUAAUCUAGACUUUAUACUUAUGGUUUAGGGUUUCUUUUCUCUCUAUAUAUUCGGAUUUGUUAAUUUUUCUAGCGUCUUGAUAGUAGUGUUGAAGUAAUUUAAAGUGAGGAAUUAUAUUAUACUUGAUAGAAGCAGAAAUAUUCAUUACUUUAUCAUUUUGUCACCAUUGUAUUUUGUUGAAUGACAAGAUUGAUCAGUUUAUAACAAUUUUGCGUAUAAUCAGUACCAAUAGACGACUUAUCCUUAAAGUUUUUAUAGAGCCUACACACUGAAUAUUGGCGGGAGGAAACGGAGAAACAACACUGAAGGCAAUUAUUAUUUUAGUACUUUGUUUAUAUUGAUAAACUCCUCUUCGCUGAAUGAUAUUCAUUUCAGACCAAAACUAUAGACAUGAAAAAUGUUUUUUCGGUUAUUAGUUCUUUUAAAAAAAGUGUUGUUUUAUGUAAGUUUCUCUGUAGUGAACUUAAUAGAUAAAGAAUAAUCGUUGAUCUAAUUGUGUAAAUACGAAAACUUUUUAUUCUAAUAUGUUCACUUAUUUAAUUUAAAAAUGAUCAAACAUAUGUAUACAUUGUAUUCCAAUAAUGAAAUCAAACAAUUGGUUUUGAUAUUUAUUUUUGAACGUCGAGUUGGAGUUGGUUGAAAUGAGUUGGUUAGUUUUGGAGUUAGUUUUUGAUAGUUAAUUGAAGAAAUGUAUUUGUUGAAGUUGUUAAGAAUUUUACUUUGGUUUUGACUGUUGAUAGAAAAUAAAAUUAUGCAUUAUUUUGGUUUACUGCAAUAAAUAUUAUCCUGCUUUCA